AUGAAUAUAGCUAUGGUAGAAUCACAAAACAAAUACAAAGCCCUAACUCUACCACAUACGUCCCUUCUUCGAAUCAGACUCGCCUUCGAGUCACCUCUUAUCAAAGUGGUAGGGUUAAGUUUGCAAGACGAGCAUAUGGCCGAAUUGCAUAGUCGCAAUACGGUCCUAAAGUACUACUCAAUGAUGCAUCGCCGGAUCGGUGUUAAUACGAGGCUCGGUGCAUCUUCUCCUCCGACACUUCUAUCAAAUGCGAGCGUUGCCGUGCUAUCAAGUCAACUUGCAUCCCCAACUAAGACGGCCGACGACGUUUUUCGUAAGGGCACAGUUGCAAAUAACCUCCUUAUAAAGACCCGCCGUGCUCUUGCCUCUCGAAUUAGUGAUGCUUCUUCCCUUCUUCAGGCCCGUGUCGCCGCUGCUUCCCUUGCCGCCGCCAAUGCUAAAGGUCCCUUGGCUGGCUUAAGUCCCGUCCCGGCGUUACGCCUACUUGCUGCCGCUGCCACCGCCGAUCUAGCUUCGCUAGACCUGCUGCGUUAA